AUGACCGAUAUUGCCAAAUAUUUGGUCGAACAUGAUGCAGAUGUUAAUAUGGAGACUCGUGAGUACUUUAAUUAUAAAACACCACUCAAAGCUGCAAUAAAGAAUGGUUCGAUCGAAAUGGUCCAAUACCUAAUUGAUCAUGGUGCAGAUGUUAAUAUGAAAAUUUGUGAUUACCAUGGUGGUUAUGAUUAUAAAGAUUUCAAAACACCUCUUUCUAUUGCAAUUAAUCAUGGGUCACUUGAAAUUGUCAAAUUAUUAGUUGAAAAUGGUGCAGAUGUUAAUAUGGGAAUUAUCGAUACAGAUGAAGAUUACUGCGCUGAAAAAUUUCUCCCCUUGACAUUGCAAAUGAAAAUGGUGCAAAUGAAAUUGCAAAUUAUUUAG